AUGCGGGAUUCCGGCUUCCACCCGUUCAAGGGUCGAGUCAGUAGGCACUUCGGCGAGACGCUUGGCCCAGACGCUGCAUAUCUGAGCUACUUCGAUAUACGAUUGAUGAAAGAGGAUAUCGACACACUGAAGAAUGACUGGUUGACGGACAACAGCAUAUCAUUCUGGGAAGAGUACCUCGAACGCGAAUACCUCAAUCAAUACAAAAAUGCCCACAUCGUCCUCCUCCGCCCAUCCAUGUCCUUCAUGCUCAUGCAGACCCCUGACCCUCACACACUCAAAGAAGCCCUCCCCAAUUUUUCACGUACAACUCACAUCUUCCUCCCCAUCAACGACUGCCGCAAUCCCUCAAUCGCCGAAGGCGGCUCACACUGGUCCCUGCUCCUUGUGAGCGUCGUCGACGGCGUGGCAUUUCACUAUGAUAGCCUCAACCCCGCAAAUAGGAACGAAGCUGGGUUGGCAGCGAGAAAGAUUGGUCAGUUGUUGGGAAGACAGCUCCAGUUCAUCGAUCUGGCGGAUUCCCCGCAACAGGAGAACAGCAGUGAUUGUGGGGUUUUUGUUUGCAUACAGAUGAGACAUUUGCUAUUGAGAAAGCUGCUGAUGGCGCAUGCGAAGGAGAAGGUUAGUAUGAGCAUGGGAGGGAAGAGUGUGGAUGCUACGCAAGGGAGGAAAGAGAUGCUGAGGAUUAUUGAGGGGUUUAGAAAGGAAGGAGAGAGGCGGAGGUCAUCGAGUGCAAGUCCCUCACAGAGCCACAAGCAUUCGAGCCAGAAGCCUUCGAGGAGCCCUCCGAGAAUUGAGUGA